AUGGUUUCAACCAAUGAGAAAUGGUUUUCCCGGACACUCACACGGAUCGACCAUCUCGGAUACCUUUUCCUUCGUUCACCCUUUUCAUUUCAAAAUUUGAAUACUCAAAAUUUCUCUCUGGAAACCUGGAAACCUAAAUACCAUCUCCACAACCAGAAUACUCCGAUGAAGACGACACCUUCAUCAGUUCCAUCUGCUCUGCCGAUCCAGGGUUUCAACAAAUGGAAUCCAACAACACCACCAACUAUCGCUUUCACCUCCAUAGAUAUUCUUAUCUCUCUCUCUCUUUCCCUCUCUGGUUUGAAGAAAUACAGACACACACCACCUUCACACUUCGAUCUGUACUUUUCUAUGAAAUUGGGUUUUGACACCACCUUCAGACUUUCAUCUAUAUUUCUCUAUAACAUCGGAUGGCGGAGCCAGAGAUCGGUUAGCAAGGAAUGGGAAUUAGGGUUCUUCAAUUGUAAUCCCAAUCCACACCGCUCUUCAGGUGAAAUUCGGAAUGAACUAUGGGAGAGGUUUUCCACUCCCUCAUUAGAAAAUAGUAAUUCAUGGACUCCGACAAAAGGAAUUCCACCGGAAAACGGAAUCGGGCCUCGUAGGGGCUCUUGGACUACAACCAUGCUUGGAGGACCGAUUCCAGGGGUUGGUGGCUUAGGUGAUACUGCAGGAAGAGCACUUCCUGUGGAUGAUGAGCUUAUUUGUGGUGUUAUUGAUUCUCAAGACUUAAAAGCUAAGCAUAUGAUUCACCAACAUCAACCAAUUUGGCCUAUCAUGUUUAGAAGCAAAAUAAAAGCAUCUGGAUAGGGCCCUGUUCCAAAUAUGGUUUCUCUUUCAUGGAAUGUAUGUAUGGACGAAAGUAGAAAUGGAUUAGGCACUUAGCACUUGAGCUCAAUGAUUCAAAGCUUUGAAUCUCCUAUAGUGGCUCCCAGUUGCAUGGGAGAAGAUGUUAGAGGAUGAUUCAUAAAGCAGAAGAUUAUAUGGGUUAUCAUUAUAUGUUCAUUUUCUAGCUGGGAUUUUUUAUGGCAUCAUAGGAUAUUUUUAUGGUCAAAAUAAUAAGUUUGUUGUGAGUUAGUUUAAUUGCCCAUUUCACUUUGAUUUGUAAGGUUUUUGAGAAUAUUUAGCAUUGACACAGUUAAGUUGGCUCUAUAUCUGUUUUCCAAUGUUGAGAUCAUGUAUUGAAUGCAUUUUUUAUAUUUUAGAAGAUAUAUUUGUUUUAAAAAUUGAUGACAGAUACGAUCAC